AUUUGGACGGCCAUUUCCGUUACUCCAUUGCACGAAGACGCUUUGUGGUGACUCGUCAACUAAAGUCGUGAUCUUUCCUUCGGGUUUCGUGUCAUAGGUGUGUGCUGUGCGAUCUGCGAGUAGGAAAUUGAUUCAAUAUAUAACAAUAUGUAGCCAAGCAACAACAAAAUGGUCAACUUUUUGAGGACGUGUCUUAUGACAAUUCCGACGAAGAACGCGCUUGUGUAAAUAGCACGUAGUGACGUCUGCGCACACUCAGUGCGCAUUCGCGGUCAGAUGAGCGCGGGAUCGCGACAGAAAGACACUAGAGGGGAUUGUAGAAGGAGCGAGAAAACUGUGUAGUGUGAAUGUGAGAGAUAAAGUGCAAACGAGCAAAAGAGAGAGAGAAAAUCGACGGCGGUGUAGCUAGUCGGUGCUCGCUUGACGGAACUAGCGUUAAAGUUUUUAAUUGACGAUAAGCGACGAAGACGACGACAUCGACUACGUUGUUCCGCGCGGAGAUCGGGCCGCCCGCGUUCGCGGAACAUAGCCAAGAGCUAGCUCGCUCUGACCAGGCUCUGUGAUGGACGGCACGAACGUGAAUGGCGGGAACGCUGAAGUUUCCCGAGAGGAUUCUAACCUCAACGAAAGCAUCGGUGGUAGCAGCGGCGACAGCGUUGUCCUACCUGGCGACACACCGGUGACGCCAAUCGAGACGCAGCAUUCGGCCGGCAAGGAAUCACCGACCGAGGCCGGUAGCGCCGACGCGCAGGAAGUAAACGGCGACUUCAAGAGCUCCUUCAAGAAGCGUCCCACCACGCCGUCCUCGCGCAAAAAGCAACUCAAGUUCAAGGCCAAUUCUGCCAGCACCUUCGAAAGCGACGCAGAAAUGACUGAAACAAGAUUGAAUAAACGUAAAUUCACAGAUUUGGAUGAAGCCAGCUCCGACGAUUCACUGGGAUUUAGUGGAUUUGACCUUCAGGUUCUCAGUGAGAUGCGAGGCAGUAGUAUUCUGAAGAAACUAAUUGCUGAAGCAGAAAUAGCAGAAGCCCAGCUUCCAAAACGUACAAGAUUUUCAAAGAGGAAAUUUGAAAACAUAGAAAAGAAAGAGGAUGAUCAUGAUCUGGAUGAUAUGAAAGCCUUUAUUUAUGCAACAGACAACUUGGGCAAGACAUUAAACAGAGCUAAGGACAGAGAUACUUACGAUGCAGAUCGUCACCUGAAUUUAGGCAAGAUCAAAAAGGAAAAGGAAUCUGAUAAAUCUGAAACUGAUUCUGUCGAUGUAGCAAAUAGCAUAGAUUCCGAAAUAGAACCGACCAAAACAGAAUUAGCCUCCAUUAAAUCGACGAACUCGUCUGUCACGAGUAGUCCAGCUGCAGUAUCUCCAAAAAUGAGAGGUGGCCGUGGUCGUAUUUCAAGCGGUAAUAGUCCAAAUAUCGUUAAGCAAAAAGCCGCCGUCGAUAUGUCAAACCCACUGUACAAAGAACCGUUUAAAUACGGUUGGAAACGUGAGUUAGUAUUUAGGGCAAGCAACGAUUCUGCCCUUAAGAGGAUGGCGGAUAUAUAUUAUUAUACACCAAAGGGAAAGAAAGUUCGAAGUUUCAGGGAGGUUGCAGAAUGUCUUCAUUCUAAGGAAUUGGUGAUUGAAAACUUCACAUUUUGCAAAGAACCAAUUGGGCUUGAUGAUCCAAACAAGGAAAUCAUUCGAGAUGCAAAGAAAUGGCGGGGAUCCGUGGGAGGUCCAGGAAGGAAACCCUUCGGAAAGAAAAAGACAGCAUACAUGAGAAAACCACCGGUACAGGAACCUCCAACUUCUGCUCCUGCUCCUGCUCCUGUGACUGCACCUACACCGACUCCGGCACCUGCUCCUACACCUGCACCUGCGCCAGUGUUUACAAAAGCUGCCGCUAAAUCGACAAAACCCGCAACAUCUCCGGGAUAUAAAACAAAAGCAGCAAUAAAGAAAACGCCUCAGAUAAAAAUGAAGCCACCAGAAACAAAACCACCAGUUGAGGAAACCGAUAUGUUGCCACCGCAGCGUGGUACACCAAGCACAAGACGAAAUCAGCAAGCAGCUGUGGAGAAAACCACUACCGUUAAAACCAAAAGAGUACUAACGCCCAAAGUACAAGAGCCAUGCAGCAUAAGAUGUUCGACAAGUAUGGGAUUGAUACCGAGCUUACAGUGUCGCGUCUGUCUCUGUUUAUAUCAUCCUGAAUGUGUUGAGGGCGUGGAUUUUGCAGGCAGUGAUGAAUAUGUCUGCAAGAAUUGUCAGCAGGACACUAAAGAAUCUCACACGUCAAACAAUUCGUCUUUGACACCACCUCCGUUGAUCCCAAUUAGUAUGUUAGGAGCGCAGAAUGCGAAAACGAAGCACCCGGCUAAUUUAAUCCCUCCGAAAUUGCAAAGAAUACCAAAAUCCGACAGCACGGACGCGCAAACGAGGAGUCCUUCGAGAAUCGCUAAAGUACCACCCGCAUCACCCUCGAGCUUACCCUCGAGCAUAGAUAAGAAGGACAGCGGCUGGUUCCCGCAGACAGAGAACGAUUUCUUGCAGAGUCAUGACGGCACCGUGCCGAAGCCGGCUCAAAACAUCGCCGUGAUGGGCGGCAAAAGAUACAUAGUGGUGCCGAAAAAUAACGCGAUGGCAGUCCAGCCAGCUAUAACGGUGAAGCCGGACAUGAUCGGCGAUAAGCCGCCGACCCUUCACGACGGCUCGCUUAUCGACAUUUCGAACACGGUGGAUAGUGGCGUCGCAAAAUUGCGCGCACCUCCGGCCAAACAUCCGGACGCAGAUCUCGGACCUACGGUCGAAUUCGAGAAAGCCAAAGUUACACCUGACAAAGAGACCGAAUCGGCAAAAGAUGAUCCGGAGGAACAUAAUCAUUUGGCAGAUAUCGCGUCUGCCGUCAACGUUGACGAGAUAAGCGAAACGCUCGAGAAUAAGGACACUGCCAAAGACGUAGACAGACCGAUUGAGAAUGCUUCAGAUAAUGAAUCUUCUACUGCCAACAUAGAUCACAUGCCAGAGAGCGAGACCGCGCAUACGAGUUGUAGAUCGCCCGAGAACGAAUCUGCGACACCGGUGCAUACAGCAAGCACUCCGAACGCUCUUGAAAUGACAAGCGCGGAAGCGAUUGACACAGAUUGUCAACAGUCGUUGUCGAGUCACGCGAGUACAGUAACAAUUAAGAGUCGCAUGAGAAAGCAGAACCAACAAGAGAUAGAACAACAGCAAAAUUUCAUGGGUUCUGUUUGCGCCGGCUAUCAUGCGCUACUACGUAUUUUCCAGUAUCUGAAGGUUCAAGAAUUACUACGCGCAGCGCGCGUUUGUAAAAUGUGGCGCGAUCUUGCAGCCCAUCCAUCUUUAUGGAAAACUGUACGUAUGAAGAAUAGUCAGGUGACGGAUUGGGACGGGCUUGCCGAUACAUUACAAAGACGGGGCACGCAACACUUGGAUCUUAGAAAAAUGCUUGUAUCUGGAGAAUCUGAUGGCAUUUGGAAAAAAUUCUUGUCUGUUAUACCACGAACGACUAGCCUGUUGAAAUUAGAAUUAUGCCGUUGUCCGGUGAUGGUGGUUGAAGAAGUAAUCAAAAGUUGUCCACAAUUGGAAGUUCUAAGUGCGAUGUCCAUUAAGUGCGAUUCUCUUACUUUGGAAUCAGUUGGCAAUCUGAAACGUUGUCAAGAGCUCAGACUCAAAGCGAUAAGUGGCAUGUCAUUACAACAAGACCUUACGCCUUUACAAGAGUUAACGCAAUUGACGCAACUGAGUCUAACAUCGGUCAAAGAACUCGGGAAAAAGAAAAUUGACGUUAUACAAGCGUUGGUAAACUUGGAAACGCUAGAGCUAGGCGAAUGCUCCGAUUUCCCUGACAAAUUUGGAACCACCGUUCUGAUAAAAUUAAAUAAAUUAGAACGCCUAAGACUUGAAAAAGGUCAAGGAUCGUGUUGCACGUUCGAUAUACUUGAAGGCGUAUCAAAAUUGGAAAAUCUAAACCAGAUGGAGCUUGUGAAUUUUGAUGUGAAGAACGGCUUCGACAAAUGUCUCGCCAAUUGCAAAAACAUUAAAAGGUUAUUGAUUAUACCUACUUAUAUAUCGCAAUCGGCGACUUCAAAUAACAUGGUUCUCGGAGGAGUCACAGAGUUAUCAAACAACUUGACUCACUUCGUUUGGGGUGUCACUCUGGAGUUACUUAGAGUUACGGAGUUAUUUGUCGAUCAAUGCAAUCUCAUGAGCAAGCAGGUGACCGGUGAUUCAAUUCCCGUCCUGAAACCAGUUCCUUGCUUGAAGUUAAUUGACGACGCUGAAGAUGAAAAUGAAAACCAAAGAGGUGAUGAUAAACAACAACCGCAUAUGACAAGUCCGCAGGUUGACAUCUUACCGUUGCCGCAAUUGCAAAAACUUCUUUUAACUGCAUUGCCGAAGACAAGAGUUAAAAUUUUAAAGAUUCCUUUUCACGCCACGUGGCGACAAAGCAUUUCGGAUACGACAACGCAGUAAAAGCGCGCAAAGUGAUACCAGGUUGAAUGGACGGGUACACAUCACACAACGACGGAAGCAAUUACUGUAUACAUUUAUUAUUUGUGUGAUAAAUAAACGGGGCCAUAUGUAUAUGACGUUUUAUCUGAAAACAUAAUAUAAUAAUCUGAUAUUCUCCUGAGGCAAUUAAUUUAAUAACAAAGAAAAUUGUGCUUCUUAUAAAUAGCAAUUUUAUUCUCAUGGUAAGAAAAAUAUAAAAGAAUGACAUACAUGCAUUUGUACAUUAUUAGAGUUGUUGUGUUGUGUACCUAUGGUGUAAGCAAUCUAAGAUAUAUAAGAUUAAAUAUUAAGUAUGUAAAUAUAUUUGAAGAUUGGAUGCUCGUACAACACAAACGCACCCACCCACAUACACAUUAUUUACAUAUAUAUAUAUAUAUAUACAUAUAUAUAUAUAUUAUAUCGCAUAUGUUUAUCUGAUUGCUAUCUCAAUCAUCCAAACGAAUUGAAUAUUGUUUGUUAGAAACAUCCAUAAGACAGUAUCAACAACUAAGAAAAAUAUCACUUAUUUUACAGUAUAUUUGACGGUAUAACUUCUGUUGGAGUAGUAGAAAAUAUAGAAUCUGUACGGCUCUAGCUAGCAAUUAAGCUGUACAAAAAUUAUGAUAUAUACAUACUGAUAUUGUGACUGUAUGUGUAUCUAUAAUAUUUAAGAUAAGAUUAAGUUUUAGUUGCAAAGGAACACUUCGAAAUUUUUGGGACUGUGUAGAAUGUGUAAUAUACUUAUCACACUUGGUUGCACAAUGCAUAAUCAAAUAAUAAUUAUUACAAUAAUUCAUUGAUUGAUAUGUAUUAAGUACAAAAAUGCGUAAUAACUAUAAGUUUUCAAUUAUGACUGUCUACAUUUCUUUUAACAAGGCACAAGUUUCUUCACUUACGUGUUCCUGGCAUUAUCUUCUUUCGUAAUUAGUAUAAUAUUAAAGUAAUAGAGUAUAUUUUAUACUAAUACUGUAAGGAGAAGAAGCGUCAAAAGUACGCCGAAUUGACGCCUUAAAAACAUGUAGAUUAGACACAUUAAAUCUCUUGUUCGUCACUAUUAUUUUAAUCAAUGACAUCAAAAGCGAAAAAAAUACAUGCUAAAAAUUCUUAAAAAAUAUUUUCCAAUGAAAACAUAAUAGCUUUAACACAUGAAGUUAUACUUUUCUAGAAUGUGUGCAUGAUGUAUUUCUUAUAAAAAGUUCUAAAAUAAUAUAACUUUAUGUAUUAAGCAUAUAUUAUGUCAAUCUGUGUAUUUUCUUGCUUCUGAUAGCAUAUUCUGAAAUUAAUCAUAGUGAUGGACUUAUUCUGUAAUGAUAGUGUCGUUACCGUUAAAUUGUUGUUGUGCAACUUUUUCACCAUAUGUUAUAAUUACGCAAUAACAACGUAACGAUGACAGCACUGUCGAUAGAAGUUGCAGAAUAGACCUAGAAGAGUCUUGAAAUAUGUUAGUAAACGACAUUCAUUAAAGUUCAUUUUUCAGGUGGAUGCAUACGCAUACGCACCCAUGUGUUUUAUCAUCCUGACAUCUUUUUUCUUAGCAUUUUGUGUAAUAAAUACGUUUUAACAUA